CAUCCCCUUCAUCUUCUUCGAGCCAAUCCCAAUUCCUCUCCUUCCCAUGCCCGCUCUCCCCCCUCUUCUUCUCCCUCUCUUCCUCUUCUUCCCCUUUACCUACUCUAGAACAUUCCCCGAUCCGCUCCAACAUGCGAAGCACCCGAUGGCUGCCCAACCCCACCUUGGAAACGACACGUGGGGUUCGUUCCACCGCUUCCUCGACCUGGGACGCGGUAGCCACGCCAACGGUCUGUCCGGCCUGAAGCGGUACUUCGCCCGGUUCGGUUACUUCCCCGAGCCAUACCCGACGCAGCUCUCCGACUCGUUCGACGCCCGGCUUGAGGCCGCCGUCGUCCGCUACCAGGUCCACCUCGGCCUCCCUAUCACCGGCAAGCUCGACGGCACCACCCUCGCUCAGAUCAUGACCCCACGGUGCGGCGUCCCCGACCCGAUUGCGAAGCGGUCCAAUCAAACCGGACCGAUCGAGCGGUUCACGUUCUUCACCGGUCGGCCCAGGUGGACCGGGUCCAAGCCGUUGACGCUGACUUACGCCGUAUCGCCGGCGCACACCAUCGACUACAUCAGCCGCGCCAACAUCGCCGCUGCGCUCCGGCGAUCCUUCGCCCGCUGGGCGAGGGUGAUCCCGGUGCGGUUCGUGGAGUCGGCGGAGUACGAAGUGGCGGACGUCAAGGUGGGGUUUUACAGCGGCGACCACGGCGACGGCGAGCCCUUCGACGGGGUGCUGGGGAUCCUGGCCCACGCGUUCUCGCCGGAAAGCGGCAACCUGCACCUGGACGCGGCGGAGCGGUGGGCGGUGGACUUGGGGAAGGAGGAGUCACAGGUGGCCGUGGACCUGGAGUCGGUGGCGACGCACGAGAUCGGGCACGUGCUCGGCCUCGGCCACUCGGCGGUGAAGGAGGCGGUGAUGUACCCCAGCCUGAGCUCGAGGAUGAAGAAGGUAGAGCUGCGGGCGGACGACGUCGAGGGGGCGCAGGCCCUGUACGGGUCAAACCCAGACUUCCGAUUCAGCCAGCUCGUCGAGUCGGAGACGUCAUCUGCUCAUCGCUAUGCUCUCCGCGGUGGCCGUGGGAUUCCUCGCAGAGGUUGGAUGGGAGCUGCGGUCGUGGUAUCGAUGUUGAUGGUGUAGAUAAGGAUUCAUACGACACCCAAUAGGAAGAGGCUUUACGUUUGCAGUCCUGUGAAGAAACAGAGACGAUACGUAUUAUGUCGGUUUAUAUUAUAUUACGAUUUCUUAGCACGCGCA